GUAGUACAUAUUAUCAAACAGCAGCUCUCACUCCAGGACGAUGAGUAAUCACCGUAGACGAAUUAUGUUCUUAUCACUAACUUUCAUCAUUCUCACAUCGCGUUGAUACUCUUCAACUUUACGAGCACCAUAGAGCAUUUAUUCUUUGUCUAUCUUGUAACAGAGUACUAACGAGUGAGUUUGUGAUGAUGCCACCUUUCGCUUGGGCACUGCCGAUUCUUAUGAUUUCGGUGCAGGCAACCACCGAAUACCACUGCAUAGAUUUCCCCAUCGAGAACCAGUGUGUCAUAGAGCAGAUGUCCUAUCAUCCAGGACAGAAAAUAACCUUUCCCGAUGGAUACCAGCACUUGCGAAUCGGUUUCGCCAAAAGCUUAAAUGGACUGGAAUCAAACAUUACAACCAUGGAUAACACGUUGUAUGAAGCUAUGCAUCGUCCUGCGAUCGUUGAGAUGACAAAUGUUGGAAUGCAGCGCUUGAUUGUGCCAACGAAGCUACUACUCGGCAAUUUUGCAGAUAAUGCUAUAUUCAGUUUAGAAGUGGAUCGAACUGAGACAUACAAAAUCACAUUUCUGGAUUUGGACAACAAUCAGCUUCCCAACAUUAACAACAUCAGUGCCCUGAUUAAUCUCGAAACGAUUCAUCUGCGAGGAAAUGCGAUUGAGGCAAUCGAUAGAUCUGUAUUUGCUCCGUUGAUUAAACUGAAGCGACUGUAUCUCAGAUACAACCAAUUUAGUACUCUCCCAUGGACAGUUCUUCCAUCUACACUAGUUCAUCUGGAUUGUUACUUGGGCUCGCUGGAAUCGGUUGACUUCAGGAAUGUGUCAUUACCGGCGCUGGAGUAUCUGAACUUGGAGAAAAACGAUAUCACGGCUUUGAAUGUUACGCAACUGUUACAUGCUGCUCCAAAACUGAAGGAGGCAUAUCUCUCUUACAAUCCUAUCCAUUCGGACCAGUUGGAUGAAAUCCUGCGAGUUCUUAAAGAGCGCAAUAUAACUCACAACGAUGGUGACCAAUAUGAAUACUGCUUCGACGAUGAUCAAUAUGUUGAUGGAGAAUGCGUGAAACAGGUAGCGCAUGUGAGCAAGUGGAAGGCUGCUCUACUGACGGUGAUUAGCGUAAUGGUUGGGGUUCUGGUAGUUGUAAUUCUCUAUUGGGUCUUUAAACAGAUAAAUAGAUAGCCAUAGUUGCGCUAUGUGUUAAUAUGAGAGCAAA